GCUUACCCUAGACGUGACGUCCAGCUGCAGUCUACUGUACUCUACAUCUAAUCGACUUCAACACUUGUGCACUGCCUAGCAAUCUGCAGACAAGUGACAGGCACUACGUCUCAACUUGGGAGUUCUACGAAGUAACGAACUUCGAUUAAUUAAAUUCUGGUGAUCAUGAAGAAAAGUCUAGAAUUAAAGAGUGCAUUGCCCGUAUUAGCACGUGAGUAGGCAGUACACUCGUGUAGUCUACACUCAUAUCACUGCUAUGGCAUCUUCUACUCCUCGGUCUAGAAAGAAGACAGCGCUAAACAAAUCUAUCAAAAUGAAAUUUGAGGUUGAGGUUCAUGAAGUUACUGUUGCAAUAUCUCGUACAAUUUCUGCAUACGUCAUGCUGUCAGUUGGACGGAAGGCAAGAGUUGCGAGCACAAGUCCAGCUGCAGUGACUAAAUCCGACAGUGGAUUUUCAGCAACAUGGAGUAAGCAGGAUCAUCUUGCUAUGAUUGUCAAUAUGCAGCCUGCAAAACAUGAUCAACAAUUUGACAAGAAAGAUUUUAAAUUUACAUUGAGACACGCGAUUGGAGAAGAGAAAGUGAUGAAAACGCUUGCAAGCUGCAAGCUGGAUGUUUCUCAGCUGGCAUCAAAUUCCAAGUUGCAGAGACUCACACUGGACAUGACACCAGCAGGAAGUCUAGAAGACGGAAUUAAAUCUGUAAAACUAGAUGUAUCUGCAUUGUGUCAACCGCUGCAGACAGUCGCCUUGCAGAGCGAAACGUCAACUGUGACUGCAGAUGAUGAUCUGAGUGAUAUAGAAGUCAGCUCGGAUCCUCACACUAUAGAGGUAUCAGACAUGCCCAUCUCUCUUCCAUCUGACUCUAAUCAACAACUACCUAAAUCUACUUCAAGUCAAAUUAACUACAAACCAAGAAACAGUCCUCAACCAGUUAAACGAUCGGCAUGGAAUGCAGCUGGCAGGGGUAGCAGCAGCAACAAACAGAGAGAAGACGGAGCAUUUGAAUUUAAGGGAAACUAUGAUCCAUUAGGUCUUCUUACUGUCCAGCUGAUUGGUGCUAGCUAUCUUGCUCUUUCCACUGGCUGUUCUCCUGUUGGCGUUUAUUGUGUUCUGACAAUCAAUGGUGGACUGACAACAGUCAGGUCUCCUUUGUGUGUCUAUCAACCUGACUCUCUGUCUCCUAUUGUGUGGAAACAGUCACAACCGUUACGCUUUUAUGCCAAUCGGUCUCGACAUUUGUUUGUUCUCUGUCGAUGUGGUACUGAAUUAAGAAGUGAAGCAAACACAGAGCAAUACAGCAAUAUAGUAGACAUGGCAGAGACAGGGCAGACAGCAUGGACGGAUCAAUGUGUUGGAGCUGCUAGUCAGCCGUUGAUGUCUGUCAAUCUUGGCAAUUGCAAGUUAGGAGAAGAGAUAAGUCUGAAAGCAGACAUUGUGGAAAGUCAAGAGAGAGAUCAAUCAAAUGAUGUGCUCAUUCCAUUAGAACCUAAAGGAAAUGUUCAAAUUAAUUCCAGAUUUUUUGUUCUUCCUUACCGCCAUCCAGUGUCUGCUCGUGGCCGAUUAACAAUUACAAAUGCUCGUGACCUCCUUCUGGAAGAUUCCAACAGUGUAUCCUGUUUUGUUAGAAUUGAUGGGAAACAACAGGGCUCUACUAAACCCGUUGAUACUUGUGGUCUCUUGGGAUGGGCAGAUGAGCCAGUAGAAUUUCUUCUCAGCAAUGCUGUGGAUGUGGAAAUACAUCUCUGGUCUUCCAAAAUUGCUGGAGCUGCCAGUUGGUGUGCAUUUGGAGUGUUUCCUCUUGCUGCUUGCCUCUAUCAGAAAGGAAGCACCAGGAAACCACCACGUGUUGAAUCCCUCGAUCAGUGUGUAACAGUUCAUGAGUACUGUGAAUGCACAAGUCGAUUAUUGUUAGAGCCGAAGGGGUAUCUUGAUAUCAAGCUGCAACUAAACCCUUCACAGUGUCCAUUUUUGUCAAUUGGUGACCAAGCAGCUGCUAGUCCACGGACAACGAGAAAAAGUUUGCCACAUGUUGGACUUUCAACAGAAGGAAGGUUGCAGGUUGUCCGCACAAAUUAUGAGACUUCGGUAGGCAGGCCACUUCAAAACCUACCAGAAGAGAUGGAAGAGGGAGUAACAGAUAAAGGAAAAUUAACAUGGUCAGACAUGCUCCAACUACUCAAAGAUCGAGUAGAAUUAAGGCAAGAGAACGAUUACCUCCGAGAAUCACUCACGACUAUAAAGACAGAGUUGGCAUUUAGUGAAUUUCAACAAGAGAAGAUUGCCAUUGAGAACAGGCAGCUGAAAGCUCAGAUACUGGCAGAACGUCAAAAAACACUGUCUCUGGCGCAAAAGACAACUAAAAUGGAACUGCGAGAAGCUCUGACAGCAUCCAUGACAGAUACUCCCAAAAUACAAUAAACAAAAAUAAUGUAUUCUAACUACUGCAUGACAGUAACAGUAGUAUCCUAAAUAUAAUGUCACAUAACAGUGACCACUCAGUUGCAAAUCACAUGACCAACACAAGAAUCCAUUCACUGUCAAGAGACUACAUGCAAUGCAAACU